AUGGUUCUUGCAGAUCAUGGGGAUGGGAUUUCUUCUGAAGACGGCGGCGAUGACUAUGAAGACGGUUUGUCGCACGGCCUGCUUGCCAGCCUUUCGCUGUAUGGCGAGAAUCGGGCCUAUGUUCAACCCACCGGCAAACUCCGAAUCUCAGGGAAAAGCAUCGAACCAGCCGACCGAACUGGAGGCGGCCACGAGGGGCGCAAACACAGAGCUGGCCCCAAAGCACAAGGCCAAGACAUCCGACCAGGACUGGGUGAACCUCAUGGCCAAGUCGGCACAGGCAGUGGCAAGCAGGUUGCGCGACCUCGUAGAACCAGCUUAGGACAAAACGCCUUAGACCCGAGCCUUGGUGUACUUGGAGAGCAGGACUAUGAGAAGCGAGAUUCGAUAAGUCCGACGAACUUAAAACAGCCGAGAAAGGGACCAGAGGAAUCAGACAGGAUGGAAAAAUUGAAUUUUCAGGAAAGUCAACAGGAAGAAGAGCAAGGAGAUGAAUUAGAGAAUGUGGAAAAUGAGGACGAAGAACCGAACGUUGACCGCACGGAAGGAACUCCCAUUGUUGUCACAAACAGUUCUCGAGGCAGGACUUCUGAUGGUAAAAAGUCUUCUAGAUUGCUGCUUGCCGCAGCCGUGGCUGCUGUUACAGCGGAGGAGGAUGAGGAUGAAGACUACCAGCGCCUAUCGGACUUUUCUUCUAUCUUAGCUGACCUUCGAUCAUGCCCUGAUAGUCUUGUAGGACAAACUGAGUCUUAA